AUGAUUUAAUAUGGUGAUACAAUGAUUUUAUUUGAGGAUGGAAAACCUAAAUAGUUCAUUACAGUUACAUAAGGCUAAACAUAUUAAAAUAAAUAUGGAGCAUACCAUCAUUAUACUUUUCUUGUGAAACCAGGUUAGGAAAUACUUUCAAAAAAUGGAACAGGCCCAAUAUAUUUAAUGACUCCAAAUCCUCAUUUAAUAACAGAAACCGUUCCUCAUAAAACUUAAAUACUUUUUAUGGCUGAUAUUUCAAUGAUUAUUCUUAAAUUAUGUUUAAAACCAGGUUAGCAUGUUAUUGAAAGUGGAACAGGAAGUGGAUCUUUAUCUUGUUCAUUAGCAGCAGCUGUAGGUCAUAAAGGCAAAUUAUUUUCUUAUGAAUUCAACUAAGAGAGAGCAAUUAAUGGUAAAGAAUUAUUUGCAAAAUUAAAAAUAAAUUAAGCAACUUGCUUUUGGAGAGAUGUUUAUACUAAUGGAUUCUUAAAAGGAGAUGAUGAUUAAAAUUAAGGAGAAUUUCCUUUAGAGAAUAGUGUUGAUGCUAUAUUUCUAGAUUUGCCUUAACCAUGGCUAGCUUUAGAUCAUUCAAAGAAAAUGAUUAAAAAAGGUGGAAGGAUAUGCUGUUUCUCUCCUUGUAUUGAAUAAGUAUAGAAAACAGCUGUAGAUUUAAAAUAAUAAGGAUGGAAAAACUUAGAAACUUUAGAAUGUUUAAAAAGGUAAACUAGAUUUUAUAUUUAAAAUAUAGACAUUUUGAGAGAAGAGUAAAAUAAGAAUAAUCAUUAUUUGAUGAUGUUUAAAAAAAAGUAUGCACAGAAUAAAAUAAGAGAAUCACUUAUUCUGCAGGCAUUAAUUAAGCUUAUGGACAUACAGGAUAUUUAACAUUUGCAUAAUAUAUAUGA